AUGUCCUCCCAGACAGUAUUCCCCAGUUCUGAGCCCUGGUACUCCCGGCGGGGAGAUCGGGUGAACGAGGAGCCCUCAGCGAAGAACGCCCAGGGCUUGUUCCCUCCUGAUGCCUGCAUUUUUGUUGGCAACCUUUCAACCAAGUUGAGCGCUGAGGAACAGAGCGACUACUUGUCGCGCGCGUUCAUGAAAAUCGGCCCUUGCUAUGUCAAGAUCAAGCAAGACAGGAAGAAAGGGCUUCCUGGGGCCUUUGUGCAGUUUGAGUAUGUGGAACAUGCCACGACGGCACUGCAAUGGGAUGAGUUGCUUAAACUCGAUGGCCGCUGGCUACGGAUUGAGAGGGCAAAAGGAAGGCGAACAGCAUGUCUUGGAUUCCGCUCCGGGGAGUCCAUCUCUAACGCUGAGGUUGACCACGCACUAAAUGGACGCGGCCCUGUGGAAUCUGCAGAGUUACAUUCGCCUACGUUGAUGAUUGCAGAGACGCUAUUAGGCAUUUCCAAAAGGACGAAAUAUACUACAUGGUUCUGCUCGACAUCGACGGCAACCCAGGCGCGAAGCCUUCAAACAAAACUGCCCCGGAUCAGAGGAAAAAGAACUGGGCCCCCCCCUUCCUUUCCUGCCGGUCUUUCUGGCAACAAACCACCCCGAUUCAACAACAACCGACCCUACCGCAAUGGGCCCAACAACCAAAGAGGAGGCUACAAUGGCCCUCCGCCACCAACCUACAAUGAAAACAUGCCCCCGGGAGGCCCAUACCCUCCUUGCGGUCUUUCUUAUCCAUCGCCACAUCCUCAGAUGUACUCCGGGAUGCUGAUGUAUCCCCCCAACGGGCUUCCCCCGAUGCAUCCCCCAGUGUCCUACCCGGAAGCCUAUCCUCAGAUCAGUGCCUGUGGUCCCGCUUCUCCAUACUAUUACUACCCUUCACCAGGGCCCAUGUACAAACCCGGUCCGCGAAUCUCAUCGUCACAGCCGGAUAUGAACAGCGGUGCUAUGAUUGUCAACAGCCAGCCUAUGCCCAACAACAUGCUGCCGCCUCCCUAUUGUGAGCUCUUUGCUCCUGAGAUGGGAUAUCCGCCAUACACUCCUCCAUAUACGAUGCCUGGGCUAGCGGAUGGAUACUACAUACUUUCCAUGGGCCCUGAGGCCUAUGGCCCUAGCAUGCAGUGCCCUCUUCCACCGUCCAGCAAUAACGACACAAGCUCGGAGAAGACCAAUGGAGGAGCUCCACCUGCAGCACCGGAGCAGGAUACCGAGAAGGACAAGACCGAUGAACCAGAGGCUGAUAUACACAAUCUCCCACCAGAGAAAGCGCCUCACCUCAUUAGAACGCACGACUUGAACUGGGACUCGGACGAAGAGGAAGAGGAAGAGGAAGAGAAAGAAGACCGACCCUCCCGGCGCGAAAAGCGGCCCAAGAAGUUUACCGUCCUCGACCCUGUCCUCGAAGAAACUGAAGUCCUCCCCUCCUCCUCCGGAUCAGAAGCCUCCCACGAGCCUACCUCCUCGCCAGACCCCACAAAAUUCCAUCUGCAGCACAAGGCCCUGGCGAGCAAGUACCGGCCUGCGAGCGGGAUCACGGUUGAGGAGUACGUGCGCAACGAGGCGAAGACGAAGGCUGUCUGGGCGGAGCUGAGUGAGGAGCUUAUCGCGCAGGUUAUUGGGGAGUUGGAGGAGGAGAGGAUCGAUAAGAAGGCUGUGCAGUCGCUUAUUACUGCUUCUGCGGGUACUUCGAGGAGUUGUUCGUUGACGAGGAGUGCUUCGUCCAAGUCGAUAUAG